UCUUUGGAAAACUAACUUCAAAUUCCUUACAGCCGUUUAUCAAAGGAUCCAUAGUAUGCGCAGCUCUCUCCCUUGUUUGUUUGCUUCACUUCCUCACGAAAAACCCCUCUCUCUUCUCGGGUCGUCUCUUCCCUGUUUCCAUUCGUGGAGAUCGAAGUCGCAAGGAUUGAAGAGACCAGGGUUCUUUGAGAGCUCUGUCUUCUGUAGUAGUUUAUUGGUUCGAAAGAGUUCUUAUUGAAGAGGGAACUGUUUUUGCCAACAUUGUAUAUUGCCUACAAGAUUUUAAUGAUGCUGGCGGUUGAUCCUUCAAAAAAGAUAUCAUUUAACCGCUGCAUUGGUGAUGGAGAUUUAGUUAUUGUGUAUGAGAGGCAUGACAACAUGAAGGCUGUUAAAGUAUGUGAGAAUUCAGUUCUCCAGAACCGUUUUGGUGUUUUUAAACAUUCAGACUGGAUUGGAAAACCCUUUGGUUCCAAGGUGCUCAGCAACAAGGGUGGAUUUGUUUACUUGUUAGCUCCAACUCCUGAGCUUUGGACUCUGGUUCUGAGCCACAGAACUCAGAUUCUAUAUAUUGCAGACAUUAGCUUUGUUAUUAUGUACUUGGAAAUAGUUCCUGGCUGUUUGGUUCUUGAGUCUGGCACUGGAAGUGGAUCUUUAACUACCUCGCUUGCAAGGGCUGUAGCUCCCACAGGACAUGUCUAUACAUUUGAUUUCCAUGAACAAAGGGCUGUCUCGGCUAGGGAAGAUUUUGAGAGGACAGGAUUGAGUAGCUUAGUCACGGUGGGAGUCAGAGAUAUUCAAGGCGAGGGGUUUCCUGAUGACUUUUGUGGGAAGGCUGAUUCUGUUUUCCUUGACCUACCCCAACCUUGGCUGGCCAUUCCUUCUGCUGGGAAAAUGUUGAAACAAGAUGGGAUUUUGUGUUCCUUCUCACCAUGCAUUGAGCAAGUACAACGUUCUUGUGAAACUCUAAGAGCAAAUUUUACUGAUGUAAGAACGUUUGAGGUACUCCUCCGCAUGUAUGAAGUUAGAGAAGGGAAAAUGGAGAACAGCCAAGCUGAUGAAAGUGUUCCUAUUGGGUCCCAUCGUUGCAAGAGGAGGCAGCGUUCAAGUGAAGGUGGCAAUGGAAUGGAGAUUUCUAGUUCUCCCACGGUCAUGGCUAGACCAUCAUCUGAGGCAAGAGGUCACACUGGCUAUCUCACGUUUGCAAGACUCAUUUGCCUUUCAUAAAUAAUAUGACCACUCAUUUAUCAGUGUAGGAGAGCAGGUUUGCAUUGCUUUUUCUGGUUCAGUUCAUUGUCAAGUUCAGUAGAACAUUCUUCUAUCAUUCAAGAGUUUUGUAGGAAAAAAAGGAAAAGGCAAAAGAGAAAGUGGAUAAAAUCCUUGACUAGUAGUUGUUGGCGGCAAUUGUUUAGGCAUUCUGAAACAAAUGCGAUUAAGAAUAGCACAUGGCAGUUGUUAUUGGUUUGCUGCAUUUUAUGACUAAAGAGUGGCUACUGGUUUCAAUUACUCGGAAAGCAAGUUUGGGAGAGAACAGGUGAAAGGCUUUUCUAGAGUUUGCAAGAAAAAAUAUUUUAUGCAUACUAUAAGUCAAGCACUAUAAUUGUUAGAAAAUACUUGUUCUUCUUUCUCUUCCUCUU